CUCUACAUUGCAAAACGCAGUCAUGGCUAUCGAGUACCAAUCCUUCGUCAAGACCCUGCGGUCAGGGCUCAAGGCUGAGUUUCCGCCUGAGGCUAAAUCCAUUGAGUAUGCGAAACAAUUAGACGCAAGUGAUGAACUUGGCUCUUUGCGAAACAAUUUCAUUAUUCCCACCAAGGUGUCCUUGAAGAAGAAGGCACUGAAUGGCUUUCUGCCAGGUCCCAUGGCCAUUACCUCCUCAGAAGAAACCUCACCCUCCGUGUACUUUGUCGGCAACUCUCUUGGCGCCCAGCCAAAGUGUAUCCGGAACUACCUCGACACACAGCUAGAGACGUGGGCUUCACUCGGCGUCAAUGGUCAUUUCAGCUCGCUCGAGAAGUCGCCGCUGACCAGCUGGCAAGACCUGGCUGCAGAUUGCGCCCAAAAGUCGCUCGACCUGGUCGGAGCUGCCUCGCCCACCGAGAUCAUCUACAUGAACACCCUGACAGUGAACCUGCAUUUGAUGAUGGCCAGCUUCUACCGCCCGACUGAGAAGCGCCACAAGAUCAUUGCCGAGUGGAAGCCAUUCCCUAGUGACUCGUACGCCAUCGCCUCCCAAAUCCAAUGGCACGGCCUGUCCCCGUCCACCUCCCUCAUCGAAAUCCAACCCGACCCAGAAACAAACUACAUCCCCACCUCACGCAUCCUCUCCCUAAUUUCUGAGCACGGCGAUUCCACCGCCUUACUCCUCUUGCCCGGGAUCCAGUACUACACGGGCCAGCUAUUCGACAUACCCCUCAUCACCCGCGCCGCGCACGAGAAAGGGAUCACCGUCGGAUGGGAUCUUGCCCACGCCGUCGGCAACGUGGAACUGUCGCUGCACGCCUGGGACGUCGAUUUUGCAGUCUGGUGCACCUACAAGUACCUCAACGCCGGUCCGGGGGCCAUCGCGGGCGUGUUUGUGCACGAAAAACACCACGGGCCGGCUGAUCCGGAUCCGAGUUAUGCAGAGCUUGGCUAUAGGCAUCGCUUGGCGGGUUGGUACGGUGCGGACAAGGCCGUCCGGUUCAACAUGGAGAAGGAGUUCCGCCCUGCGGAAGGUGCCCAUGGGUUUCAGGUGUCGAAUCCUAGCGCCAUAGACCUUGCUUCGCUGAGUGGGGCGCUGAGUGUGUUCAACAAGACGAGGAUGUGCCAGUUGAGGGAUAAAGCGUUGGUGUUGACGGCGUAUUUGGAAUGGUUGUUGGAGGGACUGCUCGCUGGGAACAGCGACAAGAAUGGACAGCCGGCGUUCAAGAUCAUUACUCCUGGAAACCCGCUGGAGCGGGGGUCACAGUUGAGUCUGCUGCUGAAGCCUGGGUCGCUGGACAAGGUGAGCAAGGCGCUACAGGAAGGUGGGGUGGUCUGCGACGCACGGAAGCCCGACGUAAUCCGUGUUGCGCCGGUGCCCAUGUACUGCCGGUUUGAAGAUGUUUGGCAGUUUAUAGAGGUCUUCAGAAAGGCCAUUCACCUGUGA